UUACCAUACUGUAGGAAAUGAAUGAUCCCAUAAUUCUUUUGCAACAGUUCACCGUAUUUUUCAUCCACAAAUCUCUCUUUUUAUUCUGACGUACGAACUCACUUAAGUCAGUGAAAUUCAAACACUAAAUGCUUAGAGUAGUGGCGAUAUUGCGACAUGUAAAUCGUUGAAAUGUUUGUGCACAGAUCGCAGCACAGGCGUUGACUUCAUUUUUUGCAUUCCACACAUUCCAAAAUGCUGAGGCUGGACGCAAUGUCAGUAGUGUGUUUGUUACUUCAGUAGUGUUCAGGAAUUUCGGGCAACAGAUGCAAGACGCUGUUAUUCUAUUCAAGAUCUUGGAUAUUGUCGCACAAUCAGGUACUUUCCAGUUAAUUUGUACCUAAUAAUGGAAACCGCGGAAUCACCCCUAGACGUUUUAUCACGUGCGGCCACCAUGGUACGAGACAAUUCACCCCCACGCCGCAUCGUUGGAGGAGAGGCAGUACUCAAGAGAGGUAUGCUACCUGCUGUCGGCAGAGUUACAGCACCGAGAACACAUGCGCAGUUCAAGAUUACGGGCCCCUGCCGCAGCGAAUUGGCAGACACACCGUCGACUGCACAGGCAGAGGAUAGCGACACCCCCCUCGACAUGUCGACGAGAGGCAAUGGGCUGCCACCCCCCUCGUACAGCGAGGCAAUGUCAGCAAUUGCAGGGCACCGCCCAGGGCAUUGUCGACAAAUGCUCUCAGGCGAAUGUGACCCCCUCAUUGAUGAGCAUUUUCGCAGAUCUCUAGGGGAUGAUUACAUGAACUUGUACAAUGCAGAUACCAAGAGAUCUUCACGCCGUGAGAAAAGAAAAGAAGUGUGCGAUGAUACUGGUGCUGAUAGCUGCUUGUCAGUUGAAGAUCAUUUUGCAAAAGCUCUUGGUGAUGCGUGGCUAGAACUUCAAGCCAAAGAAGCAAAACUAUCCAACUGAAUGAAGUGCAAAUUUCAGCUUUCUUCUUUGGCAUAAAGCUGCGGAUGUGUGCUAAUUAUGUACUGUUUAUAGUUGUUGAGCUCUUUCUUCUGCUUAUGUUCAUAGAAUUGUGAAUUUGGUGGCUAUUUCCUUGCAUUUCAUAAGGCAAUGUUCAGCUCCAUUGUGACUGUGUCUUCCUUCAUUUAUAAUGUAACACAAGUGUAACAGUACACAUUUUCUGGAAGAUGUCUUCCAAUGUCAUGUACUUUGUGUAGAGAUUUGUAUGUAAUGUUAAUGUUUACUGCUGAAUCAUUUACUUUUUAACAAGUAAAAUGUAUUAGAGCAUACUUGGUAUUGUGCCAUUCACUGGUUGUUUAUUUACUACAGUAAAUGUGCAUAAAUUUGAGAAUAUAAAGGUUUCAGUUGGUAAUGAAGUAUGCUUGGCUACAUACAUUGUUACAUGUAAGGUAACUUAUAAGCAUAAUAUGACACUUUUCAUAUUAAAAUGUAUGCUAAGAGAAUCAUGACUUCACACUAUUCAGUUAUUAGAAUUAAUACUUUCAACAAAUUAGAUUUAAAAAAAAUUGUGAACAUAAUAGUACGUGAUCUGUUUAAGGGUAAAUUAAGUAAUCUAGAAAUUAGGACAAUGUGAAAAAAGUUAUAUUCCCGGUGUGCUCACAUGUUCUAAAGUGCUACUACUUUGAAAAGCUUUCGCACACAGUACGUAAGUUUUGUGAUCAUUUCUGUGAUUGUGUCUUAUUUAAUAAUUCUCCUCCUCAGAGGCAUGCUCUGCUGCUGUUUGCCCAGUUCAUAGCAGUAAAAUCUAUGUACCUUGUGGGCUUUGGCAGGACUUGACAAAUAAUUUGCUGAUAUGGCAACAGUUAACAUCAUACACAUCUUGUUGGUGUCUGUGUUAAUCCAUUCCUCUAUAUGCCAAUUCACUUAAGCUUUAUAUGUUACCAUUAAUUUUUUUUCCUGUAUGAUGUAAAUAUACAAAAUACAAAGUUUAU